UUCAAAGGUCAAUCAUGGCAGUUGUUACUUUCAAUGAUGUUGUUAAUGCCAGUAACCAAAUAUCACAGUAUCUCCACAAAACCGAAGUUUUUACAUCAGAGCAAGCUGAUAAAAAAACUGGACGUUGUUUAUAUUUUAAAACAGAAAAUCUACAAAAAUCUGGUUCUUUUAAAGCCAGGGGUGCUUUAAAUGCCGUGAGUCUGCAAAGGCAAAACUUAAAUAAUAAAUUAUAAUAAUGAUAAAUAAAUAAUAAUAAUACUAAUACUUUUAAUAAUAAAGUCAAUUUAAUAAAUUAUUAAUAUCAAUAGGCAGACUAUGCACUCUAUAAGUAUAAGUUAAAAUUAUUUACUUAGCAAUUGCAUAUGAAUAUGAUGGUGAUAUCAUAACUUAAGUUUAAGUCUUAACUUAAGUAGUAGGCCUAACAGUAGUAAAGUAACAAUAUCUCAUCAACCACUAUUUUUCAUCAGAAAUGUAGGCAUGAAAUAUCAUUUUGAGUGUAGCAUUCAACAGACUAGCUGUUUUUUAAUCCCUAAAAAUUAUACUUAUUAUUAUAAUUAAAAGUUUUAAUAUAAUACGACUUGGUAUAUAUUAUAUAGUUAUGUUAUAUUAUAUAAAAUUAAUAACAUACUAUGAAUGAUAGCUAGCCCGACUAUAUCCCACUGCACUGGCAUUGCUUAAUUGCUUUAAUGGAUAUUAUUAAAAUUAGGUAAUGAGAAUUAUAAUUAAAAAAAAAAAAUAAACUUUAUAUUUAAGCAUAAUUUUAAAUUAUAUUUACAAUAUUUACUUUACAACAUUUCUUUUUUAGAUUCGAGCAUUACCAAAUUCUCCAUGCUUUAGAGGUCCAUUGGCCACAUGUGUUGGUAAAGUUGGUUGAGCAAAAGAGGUUGCUCACAUAAAAGUAUAGUUAGAUAAAGCAAAAGCCACUAUAUCAUAUGCCAGGAGUACUCAAACUUUUUGAUCUGUGGCGGGCCAGAUUUUGGUUUUGGCCAUGGCCAUACCUUCUCACACUGCAUUGGCAUGAUUGGGCAAUAACACACUUACUUUAUGCAUGUGCAAAUAUGGCAUUCAUCAUCAAUAAAGCACCAUAUGUUUUUUUAUUGUAAAUCCACUGUUGACAAACUCACUAAGCACUCAAGAUGCUGUAGUUUUAGUACAAUUAGUUUAAAGCAUGGUGUAGCACUAUAGGCUUGAUUUGAUAAAGAAUUAUUAAGCACAAUAUUCUCAACAUGGAUACAUUUAAGGCAAUAAUUUUUUUACAAAAAUAUUAUUUUAACAAUUUUAUCCAGGUCCUGAAAGCAAAAGAAAAGAAUAUUGAAAUAAAUGGAGUCGUGAGUAUUAAAUUGCAUUUAAAUUUAAUUUUAUGACAUAGCCCAAAUGACUAAUGCCAACUUCCUUCCCCUGGACACAUACCCAACCAAAAAUAGCCAUCUCUGUGCAAAAAAUGAUGACAAAUGCAGUAAUGUAGACUUGCAAGAAAAAAAAGUUGCAGCUAUGAUGGGGCAAAAACAUAAGUACAUACAAUUUAAUGUGUGCUAAUCUCUGUAAAUCUAUAGAACAUACAAAAGAAAUGUUUAUAACACAAGUACAAAAAAAAUCCAGAUGUAACUUGACUAAAGGAAAAUUUCAUUAAAAGUCGAUAUUGUCAACACAAAUUGUUUUUAUUACUAAACAUAAGCCAAAUUUUUUUUUCAAUACCAUACAGGUAUACAUUUUAUCAAAAAAUGGAAAAAUGUAGGCCCUGCCAUCUUAGAAAUGAUAUUUCUAAUUAUUCUCUUGUUCAAUGCAACAUUUAAUGUAAAGUAGCUGUGCAGUACUGCACACCGAGUGCAUAAAUAACAAAACUGAUUAUUAUACAACCUUCUUCUGUAAUAAUUGACCAUUAUUUUGUAUUACAUACCAAUAAUAUCAAACAUAGAUUCUUGAUUACUCAUCAAAAGUGUGUAGAUCAAUUCACUAAAGUACUUUAAAAAAAAUAAAACUUUUCUUAGUUAGGCCUUAUCAUAUUUUUUAUUUUAUUUCGCAACUUAACUUGGAGAGUAUAUGGGAGUAGCCUCGAAAGCAUAGGGGUAAGCAUGGGGAACAUGGGGGUAGAGGAAAUUUUUUAGGAAAUAUGAAUGGGAGAUUAGAAGUAAGGUCACAGGAUUGACUGAGUUGGGUGGGUGUAACUGUUAGGGUUUGGGGAAAUGGGGAAUGAGGAGGGUGAGGGAGUAUGAGCAUCCAUAAAAAAAAAAAAUUACAGGCACAGGUUUCCUUGCAUUGUAAUAAAAUUAAUAAAUUAACAAUAUAUUUUAACCACAGUUAAUUUUGGAACAGGUGACUCACAGCAGUGGUAAUCAUGGUCAGGCCCUGGCCUGGGCUGCCAGUGUGUGUUCUUUACCUUGCUAUGUAGUCGUCCCACAGACAGCUCCAGCUGUUAAGAAAAAUGCUAUUCUGAGCUACGGUGCAGAACUUGUAGAAUGUGGUCUGGAACCCACCGACAGGUUUUUUUUUUUUUUUUUUUUUUUUUUUUUUUUUUUUUUUUUUUUUUUUUUUUUUUUUUUUUUUAUUUUUUAUUUUUUUUUUUUUUUUUUUUUUUUUUUUUCUUUUUUUUUCUUUCUUUUUUUUUGCAUAUUCAUUUAAAUAUUAAUUGUUAAUUUUAUUGAGGUAUUUAAAAAUUAAAAUCCAUUUUAAAAAUUCCUGUAUAUUUGAUUCAUUCUUAAUUCUUAACUGUUUUUUUAGAAAAUUAUAGAGUAACUUUUCAAGUUACCAUGCAACUUGUGAGGAUUUAUUUAUACAUAUAAAUAUUUUUAAUUAGAAUUUAAAGUUUACCAAUUAACUAAAUUAACUAUUAAUAGAAUCUCAUUUUGUAAAAAAAUCUCCUUUUUCUCAGGUAUGAAGCUUGUGAAAAAUUAGAAAAAGAGAAGAAUUUGGAGUUCAUCCCCCCUUAUGACCAUGUUGAUGUCAUUGCUGGCCAGGUUAGUAUUUGAGCAGUUUUAUUGUGAACAGAUUGGGAAAAAAACAACUAACCAUUUAACUCUGUUAUAUUGGGACAUCAAUCCCCUGCACUUACAGCACAAGUACAUUUUGUGACAGAAUUGAUCUCAUCAGCCAUCUGCAAAUUCACAGCCAAGUCCAUUUUAAUCAUCGCGCUCCUCUGCUUUCAAGGCUACUCCCAUAUACUCAGCCACUCAAAAGCAAUUGAAUUUGAAUACUUUAUAAUUUUAAUUUCAUUUGGUCAGUGCCCUUUUUUACAUUUAUUUUAUAUUGAAUUGAAGUUCUAGCUAAAUAAUAUUUUAGACUUAGACUAAAAAUAAGCCUUAUUACACUUUACUAGAUAAUACCCAUAUCAUUUAAGAAUUUAAGUUGAAAAAUAAUUGUUUUCUUUUAUAGCAGAAAGGCACAAAAUAUUUGAAAGAAAUCUUGAGUUAUAUUUAUAUGAUGAUGAGUCUAACCAAAAAGACACUCUUCAUUAGAUCAGGCCUUACAUUAGAAAAGUUAAAUGUACAUGUACGUGAAUACUUCAUAAUGAAGUGCUGUUUGUAAUUAUAAGCUCACCAUAUGUUAUUUAAAUAGUGAUAAAUUUCUUUGUCAGGGUACUAUUGGACUUGAAUUCCUGAACCAAGUCCCCAAGUUGGAUGCAAUCUUUAUUCCUGUCAGUGGAGGGGGGAUGUCAGCUGGCAUCGCUAUAGCAACCAAAGCCAUCAAACCUAGUAUUAAAAGUAGGUUGCUUUAAUUCCCUAUUAUUUUAAAAGGUGUUAAAAGUCAAGUUUCUGUUAGCUUAAAUGACAUCUGAGACCAUUUAUUUAAAUCUCUUUCAUUUAUAUUGUUUUAGCUAUGAAGCUGGUAAUAUAGACUGUUAUAUAGCACUGCUUGUUGCUGACAGUGUCUGAAUGUAUAUAUUCAUUCUGACCCAAAGCUGCAGCAAACCUUAAGCCAGUAGUUCUCACACUUUUUUUCAGCGGCGGCCUUCAUGGCACCAUUAACCCAUCGACAGUGGCCCCUGUGUUACACCCACCCCCACCCCACUUUUUUUUCUCCAUCUUUAAAAAAAAUGACAGUAGUUAGUAAAAUUCUGUUAAAAAGAUAACAACAAAAUAAAAUGUAAUAGUGUUAAUGUAAUUGAAUUUACAAUUAAAUUCUAGAAAUGCUUUUAAAUUUAAUUAAUUCAGUAAUCGCUCUGACACAAUUUUAUGUAUCAUAUUCAUAUGGUUACAAGAUAUUUUAAGAAGUCGUGGCACUAGGGGGUGCCAACCACACCGUAUGACACCCUCACAUUGGGUGACAUCAAAAGGAAAAUUCCAAAUUGACAGUUUCCUCAACCAGAACUCAGUUUAUUACAUGAGUAGGUGCCCCCAGAUCAGGGUACCACAAAAUCAGGUUGCCACCAGAACAGCAUGUCACCAGUCAGAGCAGUGUACCAUCAGAGUAGAUUUGGAUAUUGGCCAAUCUUGCUAAUGAGAAGAGUUGCUUUAGAUAUAAAAGUAGAGUUGAUCAGUUAGAUAUGAAAGUAGAGUUUAUUUAGAUAUGUUAUUUAGAUAUGAAAGUAGAGUUGAUUUAGAUAUGAAAGUAGAGUUGAUUAUUUAGAUAUGAAAGUAGAGUUUAUUUAGAUAUGAAAGUAGAGUUGAUUAUUUAGAUAUGAAAAUAGAGUUUAUUUAGAUAUGAAAGUAGAGGUGAUUUAGGUUAGGAAAUAGAAGGUAUUUAGAUAUAAAAGUAGAGUUAGAUUUAGAUAUGGAAAGAGAGUUGAUUUACACAUGAAAGUAGAGUUGAUUCAGAUAUGAAAGUAGAGUUGAUUAUUUGGUUUUAAUAAGAUUGACAGCAUCUUGAAAAAUGUAGAUUGAUGUCAUAAUUUGAUAACAAAUUGUCCUUGCUGGUGAAGUUUUCAUUGAUAUAAAAUUAGUUAAACUUAUGCACUGUUGUCGCACCACUCUCUCAUAUAAAAAUGAUGUUUAUUUGACCUCUGAAUAAACAAACUAAAAAACUUGAAUGAAAAUAAAGACAUAAAAUGAAAUAAUAAUAAAUUCCACCAGAAUAAAUAAGCCAUAUGUUUAAUUUCUUAUUUCUCAUUCCCAUGAAUGUUGAGUAGAAAAAUAUUUUGGCAGCUCCUCUUUGAAGUUCAUUUUCUACUUUUGUGCAAUCAAAUUAUUUAGCUAACUAUGUAAACAUUCUAUGUUGUUAAAUUGCUAACUGUAUGACUAGUGUCUAAUUAUGACUCUCUUUCAAGGCCAAAAAUGAUCCAAUAAUUUUAAGUCAUUUUGUCAAAUUUUAUAUAGUUUUAAUGGAAAAACAAAAUAAUCAUGAUAUAAUUCACCACUGCCUUCUUAGGUAGUCCCAGGGCUCCUUAAAUUUACAAGGGGGUGGUACCGCCUACUGUUAGAACCAGUGCCUUGGACUAUUGCAUUUAAAAAAAAAUUAAAAGAAAAAAAACAAAACACUUAUAAAAGAUAACAAAGCUUUUAAAGCCAUGUGCAAAUAAGUAUUGAACUGAACUGAUAUUUGUUUCAAAGCAGUUAACAUCUAUUUUAAUUCUUUUCUUUUGACUUGUUUUGUUCUCAGAAGAAGGCAUUUAGCAGAGACUCUUUUUUUUAAAAUCCUCAUGCAUUGUGCCUUUUAUAUGUCAAACUCAUGUCUGGUAAUUUUCUGAGUCAGCCUUCUGCUUCUGAUAUCAUAUUCAUUUAGUAAAGAGCCGUUUUUUAUUUAUUUUGUGGGUUGAAUGUUACUCAAUGACUUUUGUAAGCUUCACCGAUUUUUUUUCUCAGUUUACUCUUUCAUUUUUUUUCCUCCAAGUCUUCUUGGUCACACCAAAAGGAAAGAAACUCGAGGAGUGCCUGAGAACAGGUAAUAAUACUAAAUGGCUGUGAUAAAUUUACUCCAACAUCAAUACUGAAUGACCAAAUCUGAGGUUUGAUUUAUAAGUGGAAAUAACCUUUAUGUUUUAAAAUGUAAGUAGCAUAUUCCUUUAUUCAUUGAAUAUGGUGUUUCUCAAUUUAAAAAAACAUCAGCGUCAUUAAUCUAUAAUUAUUUUUUAUUUAUUCAAAUCUAUUUUUAAAAAAAGUUUUUUAACUUUGAAAUUUUAAUUGUUUCUUUAAUACCAGCUUUUAUUAACUUUAUUGACUGGCAUACCUAUGACUUUUAUGAUUGUUAGUAAAAAAAAAAAUUUAUAUAUAUAUAGGCCUAUAUAUAUUUAAUAUUAUAACUACUGAGUAAUGUUUAUGUUUUUGUGGGUCUGUAACUCUGAUCAGGAACUCGACCAUGGGAAGGCCCACCGCAAUACCUUGACACUAUAGCAGAUGGAAUCAGACUUCAGCAGACUGGGUACAUCACCACUCCAAUACUUACAGACCUAGUGGAAAAGGAAGUUUUUGAAAUGGUGAAUAGGAAAUUUUUAAAAAAUGUUUCAAAUUGCUUCAAGCAGCUGCAAUUAAUAAGUAAGACUUCAGUCAUACUUGAGGAAAUAGAUGAAUUUUAACAUCAAGUCAGGUUGGCUGCUGUCCUGGACUUGUUUAAUCAGAGCUACAUUUUCACCAUGAACAGCUUUAUUACUGGGCUUACAAAUUCAUUCAUCUCUGCCUAGAAAAGUUAAGUCUGCUAUCACUUUGUCAAGAAGCAGACAUGAGUUCCACAGGGCUCACAACUACAGCAGUGAAUAGGAAACCAAAACAACUGAAUGUGUUGGCCCAACAUUUACUCUUAUUACAAGCAGCAAAUAUACUAUUAAAUAUUGCUACAGAAGCAACAAUAUAUUUACUUUAAGAAAGCUGUUUUUAUUCAUUAUCCAUCCUUCUCAAUCAUAGCAUGAAAUUGAAUUUUUAUUUACCGACUACGGGACUUCUUCAUCAUCAUGUUUUUCUUCUGAGGUUUACUCCUUUUGGUUUUUGCGAUCAGAGUUAAGGAAGUUUUGAAAUAGUGAAUUAAUGUCCAUCUAAUUUCUUUAUUUAUUUUACAGAGUGAUGAGGAAAUGAUUGAGGGUAUGAAGUUCAUAUUUGAGAGAAUGAAGGUUUGUGAAACAUCAAAUUUCUAGUUUCCAACUUUGUUUAUAACAAGGGCUCAAAUUUUGCUUGUUGCCCUAGCUCUUGAUUAAAGCAAAUUUAGUUUUGUAAAAUGUUUUAGUUCCUUUAGUGGCAGGCUUAGGUUGUGGUCUGUAAGGUGCAUUUAGAAUUGUAAGCAGAUACCUUGCAUAUAAUUUUGGGGCCGGAGGGACGAGGUUUUAGUGAAUGUGAUAAUAUGAUGUGUCUUUUUUUCCUUCAUUAUUCAUCUUUAUGCUAAAUAUUAAAUAAUAAAAGAUUUUUCUUUCCACCAAAGUAAACAUUUACACCAAUAAAAAACAAAGACCAGUAAACUUGGUUUCUUGCUUAUUUCUCAUCAUGUUUACUCCCCUAAUCUGUGUUCUAGAUUUCGAUAUCUUUUUUUGUUUUAAAAUUAUUCUUAUAACUGCCUCAAAUCUGAAUCAUUUGUUAAGUGUGCAUGUCUUAUUUAUAUUGGUAAGGCCUUAUUUUGUUAUAUUUAUAAACAUUCUAUCUAGUAGUAUAAACUUGAAUAAUGUUAAUAUUCUUUGAUUAUCUCUGUGAAAUAGCUUGUGAUAGAAGCAGCAUCAGGGGCAGCGGUGGCGGCAGCAUUUUCACAGAAAUUUAGAGACAUGGAUAACAGUAUCAAGAAUGUUGGAGUUAUUUUGUGUGGAGGAAAUGUGGACAUUGAUGCAUUGCCAUGGUACUAAUCAUAAAGUAUCUUAACUCACCUAAUAUUAAACUUUAAAAAUGUAUAAUUUUAACUCAAUUUGCAGACAAAAAUUAUGUUUCAUAAUUCAGACCGGUGUUUUUAAAGUGAUCCAUUUUUUGUUUAAUUUUUAUUUGAGCAUUAAUAUUUAUAAAAAAUAUAGAUGUUUUAAAGUAUGAUUAACAGAAUAGCUUUAAAAGUUUACAACACUGGUAAAUAAUACAUACAGGCCCAUUUGGCCCACAUGGUCAUGAUACUAGGUAUUUUAAUUUGUUGCUCAUUUUCAAUAAACCGGUUAACAAUUUCUCUGAUAAUUUUAUAGUAUGCUUUGAUUAUUUCAUCUAUUUCAAGCAGUCUCUUCUGUAUGAAACAAAUAUUUAUUGAAGAGAUUUUAAUGAUGACUGUUGUUAUUGCUUUUUUUUAAAAUAUGUUUUUAAAUGUAAUUAUGGCCAUGCUAUCCACUUGCUCUGCUCUACUUAAGUAAAGUGAAAAUGAAAUUAAUGAGAUCCUGUUUAUGACAUUUUUUUUUCUCUAUUAAACAGAGUCAUGGGUUAUUUGCAUGGGUUGGUAAGGAAAAAUUACAUUUAAUUUAUCACAUCCCAUUGCUAUAUCUAACCAGAAGACUUCUUCUUGUAUUAGAAAUUUCAUUUUUUUUUCUAUAAUAAAACAUACAGAUAUUUUGAUCUCUUGGAUUUAUUAUCAGACCAUUUUAUUAAAUAAUUGAUUACUAAGAAAAUUGGGUAAGGAUGUGCAAGUAGCUGCAUAGUUUGUCUCACCUCAGUAUUCAUGAUUGUGUUUAAUUCAGACCAAGGUCACAUAUAGUAAAGGGCAUUAUAUUGUAUUUUAUCUUUGUUACAGAGCUAUUAAAAAAAAAUUGAGUUUUUUAUGUUUUUACUUCUGAUUAUUUUUUUUACAAUUUAAAAAAAAAAAAAAUUGUGAUAAAUAUGUUUUGUGAAGUUGCUAACUAAAAAAAAAAAAAAUAAAAUGUUUGUAAUAAUAUUUUAUCUUUGUUACAGAGCUAUUAAAAAAAAAUUGAGUUUUUUAUGUUUUUUUUUUUGAUUAUUUUUUUUAUAAUUUAAAAAAAAAAAAAUUGUGAUAAAUAUGUUUUGUGAAGUUGCUAACUAAAAAAAAAAAAAAUAAAAUGUUUGUAAUAAUAAUUCAUGCUAAAAACAUUUUAUCUUCUCUGUGGCUUUUUUUUUCUAAAUCAUUUCUCUAGAUGGCUUUUAUAAAACUUAUUUCUGUUAGUACUAGUAGGUUUAAAACCUUCAGGCUGGACUCUUACUUGAAUUAAAAACU